AAGCCAGGGCCGGUAAAACCUUUAUAUAAAAAAAAAAAAAAUAUCUUUCGUCUGAUUAUGAUUUCGUUCGAGUUUUUUGUAAAAUUGUGGAAUUUCAAAAAGUAAACUUUAUAUGAACAUAUUUUCAAUAGCUCCGUGCUGGGAAAUAAUCCAGAUACCAAAAGUAAUUGAAAUCCAAAAUAAUUUCUUUCAUUAACAACAUCAAAAUUAAGGCAAGAAAUUUUAUACCUUUUUACUGACGUGUAUUUGUUUUGUUGGCUGACCAAUAAUUACACACCUUUUAAUAUUUUUCAGGCAUUAUUUUCAACAAUUAUGCCACUUACUAAACGGAAAAAUUCGCCAGAAAAGGAAGAACUCCUUGAAAAUGGUGACACUUUGGCUGAAACUAGUCCAAGUAAUAUAAAAGGCGACGAAGUGAAUAUCGCAGUUUUGCUAUUUUUAUACACCUUACAAGGUAUACCACUAGGAUUGGCUGCAGCUGUACCUAUGCUUCUACAGAAUCGUGGCAUAACUUACACUCAACAGGUGGAAACGUAGACACUAAUUAUUUAUAGCACUAAAUUUCAAAAACAAGAAAUGCUUUUGAAUACUCUUUGGAAUUUAUUUUAAUUUGUAAUUUCAUUUCAGGCAGAAUUUAGUUUGGUGUACUGGCCAUUUAGUCUAAAGCUAUUAUGGGCUCCGAUAGUGGAUGCAUUUUAUUGGCCAAAUUUUGGACGGCGUAAAACAUGGUUGGUGCCUGUACAAUAUUUGAUAGGGUUGGUCAUGAUUAUCAUGUCCAGUAAUGUUACAAAAUGGCUUGGCUCGGAUAUAGAAGCUCCAUCCAUGAUGUUGUUGACAUCAUCAUUCAUGUUCCUUAAUUUUUUGGCUGCAACACAAGAUAUCGCUGUUGAUGGAUGGGCUCUAACUAUGUUAAAAAGAUGUAAUGUUGGACAUGCCUCCACAUGCAACACUGUUGGACAGACAGCUGGCUACUUCCUUGGUUAUGUUUUAUUCUUGGCUCUUGAGUCACCAUAUUUCUGCAAUAAAUAUCUUCGCUCUACCGAUGAGGAAACCGGCAUGGUCACAUUAGCUAGUUUCCUUUUAUUUUGGGGAUGGAUAUUUAUUGCUACAACUACACUGAUAGCUAUAUUCAAACAUGAAGCCAAUGAGGAAGUUUCAAAUAACAGAGAAAGCCAACCCAAAAACAUGAAAGACAUUGUAAAUGCAUACAAACAGUUAUAUACUAUUGUCAAACUCCCAGCUGUCCAGACAUUAGCUCUUGUGCUGUUUACAGCAAAGCUUGGUUUUUGUGCCAGUGAUGCUGUCUCAGGUUUAAAACUUGUUGAGGCGGGAGUACCACGGGAAGAUUUAGCAUUACUUGCUGUACCAUUAGUACCAGUACAGAUAAUUAUGCCAGUGAUAUUAGCCAAACAUACUACUGGACCAGCACCUUUCACAUUAUGGUUGAAAGCGUUUCCAUUAAGAUUACUAGUGGGGCCACUAGUUGCUUUGUUGGUGGCUUUAACACCAAGUCUUAUUGGUGACACUGGACCUUCUUAUUCUUACCUUUUUAUCCUCAUGUCUUUGUAUAUAUUCCAUCAGACAUGUUUGUACUGUAUGUUCGUGGCAGUUAUGGCUUUCUACGCCAAAGUAUCAGAUCCUACAGUAGGUGGGACAUACAUGACGCUCCUCAACACAGUAUCAAACCUGGGAACGAAUUGGCCGAAUACAUUAGCCCUAUGGGCUAUAGACCAUCUUACAUUCAAGCGUUGCACGGCUCCUUCAUUAGAUGGCAACACCUGCUCUACAAUAGAGGACACCGAAGUAAGUAUUAGGGUUAGAUCCCAUUCCUUCAUAAAACAUCAUAUUGUAUGUACUAGUAGUAUUGUUGAAAUGGCAUAAUUUUAACAGCAAAAGUAACAAAUUGAAGAAAUAAGAAAUCGGAUGGGGAUUAAAUAUAAUUAAUUAGUCAUAACAUGGCGUUAUAUAAUAUCUGUACCACAAUAAAAAAUAAAUUAUAUUUAAUCCACCAGUCAGGUAAUAGAAAAAUAUUAGAUACGUAUUUUCUUUGCCUUAUAACUAGAAAUGACUUAGAUAAUAGGCAUUGAAGUUGAGAGGCCUCUUCGUCACAACUAUUUAAAAAAAUUACAAAGGUGUGACUUUUGCGAUAUUUCAACUCAAUGUAUUGUCGUAAUUUACUGAUUUACUGAUUACCCACACAAAAAAUACG